AUGGCAACUUUUAAAUCUCUUAUGAAAAUGCCUUUGGCUAAGCUAGCUUCGAAAUGCAUUGCAUUAGAGGAGCUAUUAUAACGUUAUUAUUAAUUUGAGGAGGUUCAUUACGAUUUACUUAAUAAAUAUCAACUACUUUAAGCUAAAUAUGAGAGAUUGAAUCAAUAAAACAUCUAAUUAAUGCAAAGUUUACAGAUUGAAAGAGAUAGCAUUUCAUAGGCUAGUGCUAAUAAAAUGAAUUCUUCGAAAAAUUGCCAUUCCAGAAUAUACAAAGAUCCACUGGAAGAAUUAGAGAUUUAGUUAUUUAUGGACGAUUUAAGAAAUGAGAAUUCAAAAAUAAAGGAAGAACUUUAAACAAAUAAGGAAGAAUUAAAAAGAUUAUAAUCAAAGUUUGAAUAAACAUAAACAGAACUCCUUAGAUCUGCAUCAAUAAAAACAGCUUCUGAUUCUAAAUUGAAUUCAAUUGAAGAAAAAAGUUAUGAUUCAAUUCAAUCAUAUAAAAACGAAAUAAUCAGAUUAAAUAAAAUAGUAUCCUCCUUGAGAAUUGAAAUAUCCAAUUACAAAACAAGAGAAUUCGAUGAAGAUUGGUUAAAGACCUAAUUAAUAAAAUAUCAAAAGCAAUCCCAAAUGUCCAAUAACCAAAAUUUUUUGGAUUUUAUUGAAAACUGA